AUGAGCCUGAAUCAGGUGAUGUACUCGCGAUGGCAUGCCAUCAAGCAGCACGGUAGACCGCAAGGAAGUCUGAUGAGGAGGGUCGGAUGCGGAAACCAUAUCCAAGAGAUAUUCUGGAAGUGAACACUAAUCAUUAACUCACUCCGGCCGGACCGAAAGUCACACUGCUGUCUUUCCACCCGCUCACCUGAGGGGGGGGGACGGCUAAGAGGAAUCUGGCGGCCACGUCAGAAUGACUUACAGUAGAUGUGCUAACUCAUGAAAUGCCAACCAAAAUUUCGAAAUGCGUUCUCGUUUCGAAAAGACAAAUUAAUUAGUGUUGUAAAACUAAUCAUGGUGCAGCACAAAUCUAUAAUGGUCCAGUUACCUCAGGGUGUCGGCUUUCGAAAGAACUUAUUUUCGACUGCAUGCAAGAUCUAUACUCUGCAAAAAAUGACUGCUUAUGUAGCAUGCAAUUUUCUCAUUGAUUUUCGAUGCCCUUGAAAAUUCAAUUAUAUUUCAUGGAAAACAUGCAUAAAAUUACUCAUUCUUUUACUUAUUCGGUAGAAAAUCACGUCUUCUUUCAAUUUCAUACUCAAAAGAAAAGUAUAAUUCGGUUUCAAAAAACUUUUCGAAUUCCCGAAUAAUUUUGAACCCGACCUGCUGUUACACUUGCAUUCAGGGUUUCAAAACUACAAGCUGCAUAUUUUCCGUGUACGGAAAACCGUGCAUUUCUUUACGGUGUUAAAAGGAGACCAUGUGAGGUUCAUAAAAUUAAGCAGUAGAUUUGAGAACUAUUGUUUACUUUACAAGCCACAUUCGUAAAUGCAGAUACAUGACGUUUCAUGAACGGCCAGUUAACGGUAUUAAAAAAUCUCACAAUUAGAAACUUUUUUAAAACCAAAUUAUACUCUUCUUUUGAGUAUGAAAUUGGAAGAAGACGUGAUUUUCUACCGAAUAAGUAAAAGAAUGAAUAUUUUAUGCAUGUUUUUGAUGAAAUAUAGUUGAAUUUUCAAAGGCAUCGAAAAUCAAUGAGAAAAUUGCAUGCUACUUAAGUAGUCAUUUUUGCAGAGUACAGAUAUUGCAUGCAGUCGAAAAUAAGUUCUUUCGAAAGCCGACAGCCUGAGGUAUCCGGAUCAUUAUAGAUUUACGCUGCAUCGUGAUUAUUUUUACAACACUACUUAAUUUUGGUUGACAUUUCAUUAGUUAGCACAUCUACUGUAUAUGCCAUGGACGUUCUGUCCCAGCGUCACCCACUUCACGCUCUCCCCUAAGUUCCUGUAUCGGUAGCAUUACGCCCGGGCGGGAGGUGUGACGAUGAAGAGGUUUUCUAGGAGAUACUGACUUCUUUUUGCAGACAAUGAAACUACGGCAGUGGCAAUGAUCGUUUUAACCUUCCAGACUUGUGUAUUGGCUUCAUCUAAUGAUCACCUAAACUAUCACGGUGGGCUAAAAGCCGUGGCUUGAAACAAAUCGGCGCUCCUCUCAAAACGGGGAGUCAAAUGGGAUUGGAGCCGCCCAAGCAUGUGUGUGGCACGCGCAGACAGGCUAUUUAGCCUCGUAAGCCACUGCGCCUGAUUCCGUCUUUGGUCUUUCAACUCUGUCAUGAUACUGAACUCAGGCGAGUGAAGGAGAUGCGGUGAAAGUCUCCGUCUAAGACAUACGGUGGACAUUGACUGUAACGACGAUCAUAGAAAAUGCAUCUUGCAAAACAAGGACGGAGGAAGUGCGCAGUACAGUUAUUUGCAGCCCUUUGUCUCCAUGUCCCGGAAAUACGAAUAAGACAAUACCCUGUUGCGGAGGAGAUAUAUCCCCGACUGAAUCUAGCUGGGUGCCCCAAACAGGGUCAGGUGAAGGAAACAGCAGAUGCGCAGUAAGCAUCCCCGGGAUACACUGGCUGAACAGAGACUAGGCCUGAUCUCUCCGCCUGAUCGUCUUACCGUUGGAAGACAAGACGUGCUGGAUGAGAGCUGUGCUGGACGCAGUGGCAGUUGCCGCUGCUCCUCUCCGGAAUUCUGGACGUCUCCCUGAGCCUGACGGAGCAAUUAUUGGACUGUGGAGGGUGCUGCGUAGGACGGAGGGGAGACUCAGACAGGUUACUCUGCAAAAAAAACAACUAGCUGAGUUUAACGCUGAAUUUGACUCAGUGCAACGAAAAUAUAUGACGGGUAACCACCUAUGAAAAAAAUUCGGGAAGAUGAGGUAGCGCUUCAUCUUGUAAUCCAGUCCCUGCCUGGUCGUUCGUCCUCUUCUUCUAUACCUCCUCCUCCCCCUCUUCCUCCCCCACCUCUUCCUCCCCUCCUCCUCUUCCUCCCCCCUUUAUUAUUAUUAUUGAAGAAGAGGAGGAGGAGGAGGAGGAGGAGGAGGAGGAGGAAGAAUAA